AUGGCGGAGGCAUCAGAGCGCGCACCGGGGAACCCGUGGCUGCACGUGCGACGAGAACCGUUCGAUUUCGGCCUCCUGCCUAUCCCCGCGAUCGCAUCGUACAAGGAAGCGUCCACUGAAACCCUAAAGCUCCUCCGUCAGCGCCUCAUCGACGCGUCUUUAAACUCCGAAGGCGCCUCGACCACCUCCCCGACUCGCGACGGCUCGCAAGAGCCACGUGUCACAUGCGAGGCGAUAGAAUCGUGCCUCAAGCUCUCUAAAGACCAAGCGCGGCUCGUUCUAGACACGCUAGCGUCCGUUCUCCCCACCGGCAGCGAAGAUAUCGACUCGCUGUCCUACGCGUCGCCGUCAGAUGCGGCGAAGAUCGGAACUGACGUGGACCUCCUGCUGCUCUUCCUCUUCCUCCAGCGGUAUCGCCGCGUUCCCAACCGCUCGUCCCGCGACGCUGCCGUUCUCGCGGACGUGUGGCCGCAGGGGCCGUCGCCGUUCGACUCUGUCUCCCCCACCGCGACCUCCGCCCUCCAGAUAAAGACAAGCCUGGCCACCCGGCAGCGGUUCCAAACGGGGCACGCGGAGGAGGAGCAGCAGCAGCUGUCGUUUCUGCAGAAGAACCUGCCCGCCGUGUUACAGCUGCUGGCGGAACAUGGCUCUGAUGCUGCUGGUAGUGGUGACGGCACGGAACCGGGCACACAGGUGAUCUCUAUCGACAAGUUCGAGCUGCUGGGUCUCUUCCUUCGGGUCAACCGACCCGGAGUCGCCUCCCUCCUCCUCUCGCAAGUCGCCCCUUUCUUUGCCGAAGCUGACGCUGCCAUGCCUCCCGCGCCCGUACCUCUCUCCGUGGCGCAAGACUGGCUCGGCCCGAGGCUCUGCUGCACGUCCGACCACGGCCCGGACCUAAGGCCGCAGUCCCCCUCCCGCCCCGCCAAGGUCCCCGCGGAUAGGGGCGGAGAUACCGCCGCCUCCCCCACCAAAAGCGGAGAUACGCCCAUGGGGGAAGGGGGAGCAGUUGCGGGGAGCGGGGCAGGCGCAGGGGCGGAGGUUCAGGGAUCGCCUAGAGGGGCCGCGGCCAAUGGGGCGAUGACAGGUGGCGUGCUGUCGCGGCGUGUGUGGGUGGCGGCAGGGAUGACGACCGUUGAUGGGGUUGCAAAGAUGUCGGUGCUCAAGGGAGAGACGGAGGUGGACAGUAGCUGUGUGCGGGUGGCGCACUGUCACGACAGUGUGAUCUACGUGCUCGCUCCUCUCAAGUACGCCUCCGUUAUUGGCUGCUCCGAUUCCAUUGUGGUGCUGGGCGCCGUGGGCAAGGUGGUGCGGGUCGAAGCCUGUGAGCGAUUAACCCUCAUCGCCCCCUGCGCUCGCAUCCGCAUAGCCAACUGCCGCGAGUGCGUGUUCUACCUCGGCUGCAACUCCCGCCCCGUCAUUCUCGGAGACAACCACUCGCUUCAGAUCGCCCCUUACAACACCUUCUACCCCCGCCUCGAUUACCACCUCGCAAAGGUCGGGGUGGACCCGGCUGUUAACAAAUGGGACCUGCCGUUAGCGCUGGGAUCGCUAGACGCUGCUGCUGCCGCUGGUGCUGCCGGUGCUGGCACUGCUGCUGGUGGCGUCAGUGGUGCUGGUGGUUCGGCUGGUGCGGGUGGUGGGGCGGGAGGAGCGGAAGGGGAGGGAGCGAAGGAGGGGGCGGCGGCGGCGGCGGCGCUUGAUUCGGCGAUUCUGAUGCCUCCUGAGAAGUUUGUGCCGUUUGUGGUUCCGUUUCGGACGCAGCAGGAGCAGCCAGGCGGAGGAGGGGGUGCCAGUCCGCUGCUGCAGCAAGCCACGCGGGCCAACCCGUUUGCUCUCCCCAAGACGUAUCUCAUCGCGCUGCAGCACAAGACCAAGACGGUGGAGAGUCUGAGGCAGACGCUCAAGACAGCGGUGCUGGACGAGGGGCGGAAGAGGGAGCUCACGAACAACCUGUCCUCCAAGGCGUCUUUCUCCACCACCAAGGCGUCGUGCUUCGUGAAGCAGGUGUCUGCCAAGACCGUCUGCUCCGCGGAGAAGAAGGAGGAGAACGUUACCGAGCAGGCUGGCAAGAUCGCCUCUGCCCUCGCCCUUGCUGCCAUCGUCAGCACCGGUGCCUUGGCCGUUCCCGAGGUCGCACUCGCCGAUGUCGCUGGCCUUACCCCCUGCAAGGACUCCAAGGCCUUCGCUAAGCGCCAGAAGAACUCCAUCAAGAAGCUGAAGAACCGCCUCAAGCUCUACAAGGACGGCUCUGCUCCCGCUCUGGCUCUCAACGCCACCAUUGAGAGGACCGAGCGCCGGUUCUCUUUCUACGGCAAGUCCGGCCUGCUGUGCGGCACCGACGGUCUUCCCCACCUGAUCGUCGAUGGUGACUUCAGGCACGCGGGCGAGUUCGUGUCCCCCGGCAUCGUUUUCCUGUACAUUGCUGGCUGGAUCGGGUGGGUCGGCCGCUCUUACCUGAUCAAGACCAAGGAGGGAGCCAAGCCUACCGAGAAGGAGAUCAUCAUCGAUGUUCCCCUCGCUCUGAGCCUGCUCGGCCGUGGUGCUACCUGGCCCGUGGCUGCCUGGUCCGAGUACAGGAAGGGUGACCUGAUUGUGCCGGCUGACCAGAUCACCGUGUCCCCCCGUUAA